CAGAGCCAGGAAGGGCAUUGGUUUAGGUCACGUGAUGUGAUGAGAAUUAUAUAAAAGGCGAGCUUUGGGGCUACCUGGUGAUGCGUCACCUUUGACUCCGCCCUCUCGUGGGACCCGAUCCAUUGUUUCUGCCAAGGUAUGUGCGUUCGCAUGGUGUGUUGAUCUUUUUGGUAACUUUAUGGAUGCGCUUGCUCAUGUUACUCUGUUCGACAAUAGGACCAUUUGGCUAACUGGUUGUUGGCGUGGGCUGUCGGCUACCUCAGUGUGGUUUGGCGUUCGUUUGAACUGAACGAGCCACUGCGAGGACGUUCUUGUUAGGGGUCAUUCCCGCAAGUUGUCGGUUGAGCUGACCUUUCUGAUUACCGUCCAGGAACAGAGAGGGUAUUUGCCCGAGUGUGUGACGGCGCUGCUGUUUUGCCCGGGGGGAAAUUUUAUGAGUGUCUUGCUCACCACCACUUGCCAGUUCGGUUGUCGACGGCAAGCUGUGUAUUGUGUUGCCAAGGGCGAUUAAAUCGCCGCUUUGCCUACGGCAGGUUAAGCUGCUGGUACAACUCAUGUCAGUGUUUGUUUUUAUUAAUGAAGACUUUACGCGUCGUUCCUUUACGGACAAAGUUAUUGUUAUCCGCCCUAUGAGAGAGCCCUUCGGGACACCGUGACUUCAGCUCGAGGUAUCGGGUUUCAUUUUAUUAAUAUUGUCGACGCGAAUUGUCCCUGAUUUUGUGUAGUAUAUUGAGGCGUGUGAUGCUGUGUUUUAUGUGUGUUAUGUAUUUCGUUUUUGAUGUAUUUUCUGUUUUUGGUUUGUUUUCUUUAUUUUUGAUUUACUCCCUUACUACUGGGGAUUGCUACUGUUAUGACCAGUAGGUCAUGCUAACUACGGCUUGAACGCACCUUUUGUAUUGCAUCUUUACUUCAAGGGAGUGCCUUACUCUGAGUUUACUUACAAUCUGGAACCCUUAUUAAUGGGGUAUUGUGUCUAUGAGCAGUAGUGAGUGUUUUUGUCUCUUUACGAGAACACAAAUACCUGUAUUUCCGAUUUGAGCAUUGGGUUCAUCCCCGUGGUAAUGGGACUUCUUUUGAGUCCUUUUGAUUAAAGUGUUAUUUUGUUAUUUUUUUAUUUUAUUUGAUGUUUUGUCAUUUAAGAUUGUAAUUUUCUUUAUAGGUUGAGUGUUUCCGUGUUAUUGUUGUUUUUGUUUUGGGUUAUUUGUGUGGGGUGGGUCAUUAUCCUUUUGGAGGGAGGUAUCUUAUUCUUUUCUUUGUGUGGGUUUCUGACACUGUGUGCUGUGCUUACCUGAUGAUCUUCACCUGUGUGCCGUGUGCAUAAAUUUGGGAUUACAAAGUAUAUGUGUGUGCAGCUAGGGGUUAUCUCCCGUCCCAUUAAGUAUUGACCCAUGUCCAGUAGGUGUGUUUAAAUGUUGUGUGUUAUUCUAAGUGACCUUUAUCAUGUGUUGUGUUUAAGAUUUUAAAUAUAAAUAAAAGUAUAUAUAUAUUUUCCUAUUAUUCUGGUGCCUUCGUUCCUUGCUCCCCUCUCGGUAACGAACCUGUGUCCUUUGGAUUGUUCCCCUGACAGUCAGGGGUGGCGUAGUCGCAAUUUGGCCCUUCCGGGUCUGGUUAUUUACAUCCGUAACCUUUUUGAUAGACGUGUUCGCUGCCCACUCGACCGCUCUAUUACCCUUUUGGGUUUAGGCCGGCCGCAGUGGAGCGUUUACAUUACGUGAGAAACGCACCGCUCCGCUACAUUUUGGCGUAGUCGGCAGGAUACCUUUGCUGAGCAAGGACGUGGGUAUCAGAAUAUAUAUAUAUAUUUUUUUUUAUAUUGGGUUUUGGGUUUUCUUUGUUCUUUUUGUGUGUUUUCUUUCUUUUGAGGCAAAACAGCAGCGCCGGACGUUGUGUUUUACUGGGCCUUCUUCGGAGUACUUCUCUCUAGGAGUGGUGAGUAGUAUUUGUUAUUAUGGAGGACGAACUGCUAGAGUUGUGAGAAUUAAUGGCCCAGCUGAAAGCAGAUAGCGUUAGCACCCAGUCUUGGGUCGACCGUUUAGGAUUAGCCCGGGUUAGAGGGCGGAAUAGGUGGCGCAUCCCAUGUAGUACGUUGCGGUUUGUUACUGCAACUGGUGCAGAGCAAUUUUUAUGUGGUCCAGUUCUUUUUGAGCCCUCAGAGUCUGGCUUACCCGCUGGACUGUUGAUUACACCUUCGUUGGUGCAGGUAAGUCGGGGAACUGCUUUGGUUCCCGUUGUAAAUGUGGGUACCACUGAUGUUUGGUCGUAUCCUAGGACGCCUUUGGGAACCUUAACAGGGGUGCAUGUUGUCAGCCUGCCAGCAGGGGUUAGGGAUGUCAGCCCCGUGGUCGCUACAGUUAGCUCUCAGGCCGUUUCAUGUAGGGAAGAGCAAAUCGGUUCCAUCGACUUACUGGGGUUGCCAGUAGAAGAACAGGACCAGGUUAGGGCUUUACUAUGGAGAUCUCAGUCUGUCUUCUCCACUCACGAGGGAGAUCUGGGGUGUACUGACCUUCUGUCACGUGAUAUUCUGUUGUUGGACGACUCUAACAAGAUAAAGCGGGUUCACCGGUCGCUGUUGAAACCCAGACUCCGAGCUGGUCCCAUUGUGGUUCCUUUAGAUAGGCCAGUGGUAGAGCAGGAGCAAGAUUGGGCGGAUAGCGGGGACGAGGUGGAUUUAUGGGCAGUAAGGCCGGACAUCCCUAUAGUGGCUCAUAGCCGUGGUCGAGUAGGGGAUCCGAACCCAUUGGAACCUGUGUCUGGGCCUUUGAGUGAUAUUCGUGUGAUGUGGAUGUCGGUUUACCUUUUGCGGCAGACGUCCUGUCUGGGGUGGAGGCUCAGACCCCCCCUAGAGGUAUCUGGACCCUCAGCCGCACUGCAGAGGCCAAGGCAGGUUACCGCGGGGCAGCAUUCUAAUCUGUACCACUUACCGAGGUCUGUGGGAAGAGAGGCUCCAUCUGUUGACGUCAUGUCUCAUGUCGCUUAGCGCAUUUUCGGCCUUGGGAUUAACCUAUGGGUGAUUGGGUCCAUCGUCGGGGCGCCGAUGUAUGAUGCUGGGGUGGAUUGUAGCAGAGCCAGGAAGGGCAUUGGUUUAGGUCACGUGAUGUGAUGAGAAUUAUAUAAAAGGCAAGCUUUGGGGCUACCUGGUGAUGCGUCACCUUUGACUCCGCCCUCUCGUGGGACCCGAUCCAUUGUUUCUGCCAAGGUAUGUGCGUUCGCAUGGUGUGUUGAUCUUUUUGGUAACUUUAUGGAUGCGCUUGCUCAUGUUACUCUGUUCGACAAUAGGACCAUUUGGCUAACUGGUUGUUGGCGUGGGCUGUCGGCUACCUCAGGUAUGUGAGUUUCAUUUGUUGUUUUAUAUGAGCUGGUGUACUGAAAUUCACGUGCUGCACCAUUUCAGUGUGGUUUGGCGUUCGUUUGAACUGAACGAGCCACUGCGAGGACGUUCUUGUUAGGGGUCAUUCCCGCAAGUUGUCGGUUGAGCUGACCUUUCUGAUUACCGUCCAGGAACAGAGAGGGUAUUUGCCCGAGUGUGUGACGGCGCUGCUGUUUUGCCCGGGGGGAAAUUUUAUGAGUGUCUUGCUCACCACCACUUGCCAGUUCGGUUGUCGACGGCAAGCUGUGUAUUGUGUUGCCAAGGGCGAUUAAAUCGCCGCUUUGCCUACGGCAGGUUAAGCUGCUGGUACAACUCAUGUCAGUGUUUGUUUUUAUUAAUGAAGACUUUACGCGUCGUUCCUUUACGGACAAAGUUAUUGUUAUCCGCCCUAUGAGAGAGCCCUUCGGGACACCGUGACUUCAGCUCGAGGUAUCGGGUUUCAUUUUAUUAAUAUUGUCGACGCGAAUUGUCCCUGAUUUUGUGUAGUAUAUUGAGGCGUGUGAUGCUGUGUUUUAUGUGUGUUAUGUAUUUCGUUUUUGAUGUAUUUUAUGUUUUUGGUUUGUUUUCUUUAUUUUUGAUUUACUCCCUUACUACUGGGGAUUGCUACUGUUAUGACCAGUAGGUCAUGCUAACUACGGCUUGAACGCACCUUUUGUAUUGCAUCUUUACUUCAAGGGAGUGCCUUACUCUGAGUUUACUUACAAUCUGGAACCCUUAUUAAUGGGGUAUUGUGUCUAUGAGCAGUAGUGAGUGUUUUUGUCUCUUUACGAGAACACAAAUACCUGUAUUUCCGAUUUGAGCAUUGGGUUCAUCCCCGUGGUAAUGGGACUUCUUUUGAGUCCUUUUGAUUAAAGUGGUAUUUUGUUUUUGUUUUCAUUUAUUUGAUGUUUUGUCAAUCAAGAUUGUAAUUUUCUUUAUAGGUUGAGUGUUUCCGUGUUAUUGUUGUUUUUGUUUUGGGUUAUUUGUGUGGGGUGGGUCAUCAUCCUUUUGGAGGGAGGUAUCUUCUCAUUCUUUUCUUUGUGUGGGUUUCUGACACUGUGUGCUGUGCUUACCUGAUGAUCUUCACCUGUGUGCCGUGUGCAUAAAUUUGGGAUUACAAAGUAUAUGUGUGUGCAGCUAGGGGUUAUCUCCCGUCCCAUUAAGUAUUGACCCAUGUCCAGUAGGUGUGUUUAAAUGUUGUGUGUUAUUCUAAGUGACCUUUAUCAUGUGUUGUGUUUAAGAUUUUAAAUAUAAAUAAAAGUAUAUAUUUUCCUAUUAUUCUGGUGCCUUCGUUCCUUGCUCCCCUCCCGGUAACGAACCUGUGUCCUUUGAAUUGUUCCCCUGACAGUCAGGGGUGGCGUAGUCGCAAUUUGGCCCUUCCGGGUCUGGUUAUUUACAUCCUUAACCUUUUUGAUAGACGUGUUCGCUGCCCACUCGACCGCUCUAUUACCCUUUUGGGUUUAGGCCGGCCGCAGUGGAGCGUUUACAUUACGUGAGAAACGCACCGCUCCGCUACAUUUUGGCGUAGUCGGCAGGAUACCUUUGCUGAGCAAGGACGUGGGUAUCAGAAUACAUAUAUUUUUUUUUGUUAUUGGGUUUUGGGUUUUUUUGUUUUUUUUUGUGUUUUGUGUGUAUGUUUCUCUUUUGAGGCAAAACAGCAGCGCCGGACGUUGUGUUUUACUGGGCCUUCUUCGGAGUACUUCUCUCUAGGAGUGGUGAGUAGUGUCUGUUAUUAUGGCGGACGAACUGCUAGAGUUGUGAGAAUUAAUGGCCCAGCUGAAAGCAGAUAGCGUUAGCACCCAGUCUUGGGUCGACCGUUUAGGAUUAGCCCGGGUUAGAGGGCGGAAUAGGUUGCGCAUCCCAUGCAGUACGUUGCGGUUUGUUACUGCAACUGGUGCAGAGCAAUUUUUAUGUGGUCCAGUUCUUUUUGAGCCCUCAGAGUCUGGCUUACCCGCUGGACUGUUGAUUACACCUUCGUUGGUGCAGGUAAGUCGGGGAACUGCUUUGGUUCCCGUUGUAAAUGUGGGUACCACUGAUGUUUGGUCGUAUCCUAGGACGCCUUUGGGAACCUUAACAGGGGUGCAUGUUGUCAGCCUGCCAGCAGGGGUUAGUGAUGUCAGCCCCGUGGUCGCUACAGUUAGCUCUCAGGCCGUUUCAUGUAGGGAAGAGCAAAUCGGUUCCAUCGACUUACCGGGGUUGCCAGUAGAAGAACAGGACCAGGUUAGGGCUUUACUAUGGAGAUCUCAGUCUGUCUUCUCCUCUCACGAGGGAGAUCUGGGGUGUACUGACCUUCUGUCACGUGAUAUUCUGUUGUUGGACGACUCUAACAAGAUAAAGCGGGUUCACCGGUCGCUGUUGAAACCCAGACUCCGAGCUGGUCCCAUUGUGGUUCCUUUAGAUAGGCCAGUGGUAGAGCAGGAGCAAGAUUGGGCGGAUAGCGGGGACGAGGUGGAUUUAUGGGCAGUAAGGCCGGACAUCCCUAUAGUGGCUCAUAGCCGUGGUCGAGUAGGGGAUCCGAACCCAUUGGAACCUGUGUCUGGGCCUUUGAGUGAUAUUCGUGUGAUGUGGAUGUCGGUUUACCUUUUGCGGCAGACGUCCUGUCUGGGGUGGAGGCUCAGACCCCCCCUAGAGGUAUCUGGACCCUCAGCCGCACUGCAGAGGCCAAGGCAGGUUACCGCGGGGCAGCAUUCUAAUCUGUACCACUUACCGAGGUCUGUGGGAAGAGAGGCUCCAUCUGUUGACGUCAUGUCUCAUGUCGCUUAGCGCAUUUUCGGCCUUGGGAUUAACCUAUGGGUGAUUGGGUCCAUCGUCGGGGCGCCGAUGUAUGAUGCUGGGGUGGAUUGUAGCAGAGCCAGGAAGGGCAUUGGUUUAGGUCACGUGAUGUGAUGAGAAUUAUAUAAAAGGCAAGCUUUGGGGCUACCUGGUGAUGCGUCACCUUUGACUCCGCCCUCUCGUGGGACCCGAUCCAUUGUUUCUGCCAAGGUAUGUGCGUUCGCAUGGUGUGUUGAUCUUUUUGGUAACUUUAUGGAUGCGCUUGCUCAUGUUACUCUGUUCGACAAUAGGACCAUUUGGCUAACUGGUUGUUGGCGUGGGCUGUCGGCUACCUCAGUGUGGUUUGGCGUUCGUUUGAACUGAACGAGCCACUGCGAGGACGUUCUUGUUAGGGGUCAUUCCCGCAAGUUGUCGGUUGAGCUGACCUUUCUGAUUACCGUCCAGGAACAGAGAGGGUAUUUGCCCGAGUGUGUGACGGCGCUGCUGUUUUGCCCGGGGGGAAAUUUUAUGAGUGUCUUGCUCACCACCACUUGCCAGUUCGGUUGUCGACGGCAAGCUGUGUAUUGUGUUGCCAAGGGCGAUUAAAUCGCCGCUUUGCCUACGGCAGGUUAAGCUGCUGGUACAACUCAUGUCAGUGUUUGUUUUUAUUAAUGAAGACUUUACGCGUCGUUCCUUUACGGACAAAGUUAUUGUUAUCCGCCCUAUGAGAGAGCCCUUCGGGACACCGUGACUUCAGCUCGAGGUAUCGGGUUUCAUUUUAUUAAUAUUGUCGACGUGAAUUGUCCCUGAUUUUGUGUAGUAUAUUGAGGCGUGUGAUGCUGUGUUUUAUGUGUGUUAUGUAUUUUCGUUUUUGAUGUAUUUUCUGUUUUUGGUUUGUUUUCUUUAUUUUUGAUUUACUCCCUUACUACUGGGGAUUGCUACUGUUAUGACCAGUAGGUCAUGCUAACUACGGCUUGAACGCACCUUUUGUAUUGCAUCUUUACUUCAAGGGAGUGCCUUACUCUGAGUUUACUUACAAUCUGGAACCCUUAUUAAUGGGGUAUUGUGUCUAUGAGCAGUAGUGAGUGUUUUUGUCUCUUUACGAGAACACAAAUACCUGUAUUUCCGAUUUGAGCAUUGGGUUCAUCCCCGUGGUAAUGGGACUUCUUUUGAGUCCUUUUGAUUAAAGUGGUAUUUUGUUUUUGUUUUCAUUUAUUUGAUGUUUUGUCAAUCAAGAUUGUAAUUUUCUUUAUAGGUUGAGUGUUUCCGUGUUAUUGUUGUUUUUGUUUUGGGUUAUUUGUGUGGGGUGGGUCAUCAUCCUUUUGGAGGGAGGUAUCUCAUUCUUUUCUUUGUGUGGGUUUCUGACACUGUGUGCUGUGCUUACCUGAUGAUCUUCACCUGUGUGCCGUGUGCAUAAAUUUGGGAUUACAAAGUAUAUGUGUGUGCAGCUAGGGGUUAUCUCCCGUCCCAUUAAGUAUUGACCCAUGUCCAGUAGGUGUGUUUAAAUGUUGUGUGUUAUUCUAAGUGACCUUUAUUAUGUGUUGUGUUUAAGAUUUUAAAUAUAAAUAAAAGUAUAUAUAUAUUUUCCUAUUAUUCUGGUGCCUUCGUUCCUUGCUCCCCUCCCGGUAACGAACCUGUGUCCUUUGAAUUGUUCCCCUGACAGUCAGGGGUGGCGUAGUCGCAAUUUGGCCCUUCCGGGUCUGGUUAUUUACAUCCGUAACCUUUUUGAUAGACGUGUUCGCUGCCCACUCGACCGCUCUAUUACCCUUUUGGGUUUAGGCCGGCCGCAGUGGAGCGUUUACAUUACGUGAGAAACGCACCGCUCCGCUACAAUGGCA